GCCUCCAGAGAGUUGUCAAAACUGAAAGGUUCCUCAAAAGAACUCACGUUUCCGCCGGCAUGUUCGCUUCCCCCUGCGUGUUUCGUAGCCAAUGGCGGGCUAACAGCACCCUUUUGAAAAGGCUAAGCUUUUUCUUUUAUUAAAUUUUUCUUUUCUCAGCUGACAGGAAGAGACACUACAAGAAAAUAAAUGGAAAGUCAGUGGAAAAACGCUUUUUGUGAGUGGAAUUUUUUUUUUUGAAGCUGGAGAUCGCCGCGGUUUGUGACAAGCAUCAGCUAUCUGGCUGAUACGUGCAGAUCGUCAAAAGAGGUUUGCGACAAAUCAGCUUGAUUCUGAGCCUGCAAGCCUGGGUGGAGAAACACAAACUGCGCAGAAGAGCGCGCGGUGGUCUGUGGGAAGUGGCGGCCCUCUCCCCCAUGCCCCUCCCCUCCCAGUGGCUCUGAUCACGCCGAAGUCACUUUCACAAUCGGCUGCACGUGUGAUGCGAUUUGCUCAGUGAGCAGAUGGACGUUUUGCAGGCGACUCUCAGCCAAAUCAACCGCUGCUUUCAAGUUGGAAACGAACAUAAAAAUCCCCCUCUCCCCCCGACAACCCCAUCCCUACAAGUCGUUUCCAGUUUUCAUCGCUCUUCCAUUCCACUUCUUCGCAAGAGCAGAAAAUAGGAUUAACCGUGGAGUAGGGGGGAAGAGAAAACGCGAAAACAAGAAUGACGAAUAGAAGGCAUAAAACCAUCUUGGCGGAAGCACUCUUGAAGAAAAGUCGAGUUUGAGAAGUAUUAGCCAUCAAGAGGAGAGAGAGGUGGAAAAAAAAAGAGAGGAGGAGAGAGAAGAAGAGAGAGAGCUGCAGCUUAACUUGUUUCUCGCCAAAGACCGAGGCUGGCGGCUGCGAUGAAGGCGAGUGCUGUGUGAUGCUGUAGCGGUGCUGCAGUGGGUUGGCUGAGCCCCGAGCUACAAGCCGGAGACACUGCGAGAGAGUGAGAGAGACAGGAGAGAAAGGUGGAGAGACAGAGCGAGCAGCGGGCACCAGCGUGCCCCGAGUGGUAGUGCCGAUACGCGGGGAUGUGUGGCAGGGCGUGAAUGCCAUGGCAUCGAUUCCCGGAUUAAAACCUAGAUUGCGGUCGCGUGGAGGUGCAAACCUGCUUCCAGAACGACUCCCGCCGGCCGCCUGUCAGGACUGGCAGCCAGGCUCACCAUGCCGGCGUGGGCAGACGGGGACCCCCGGUUCACUCGCAACUUUCGAUUGAUCUGACCCAUGGCAGGUGCGCACCUGCUGGGGCAGACCCCUCUCGUCACUGUCGGUAAAGAAAAUCUUCCCCAGUCGCUCAAGUUUCAGAACCUCGCCGAUGGUCUUCCAAAUCGUCUCCUACGACAGAUUCUUGCCGACCAUGUGGACGACGACAACAAAAAGUUGAACUCAAACUUCGUUGUGUUUGUAUAAUUUUCAUAAUACUGUUAUUCCAUCCAAGUUAUUGUUCCCAGACAACACAGGAGAGUGCGAGUGGUGUUCACGAUGAAAGGAAGCAGAAGCUCUUGGAAAGUAGAAUCAAGGACAGAUGCAUCACGUGCGUCAGAAAAGUCUUCUUCGCUGACAAACAAGAGCAUCGUCAGCUGUACUCGGAAACUGUGUGUCGCCGAGUGUUCCCCUGGGCACUAGCAGCCAUCUAGUGAGCCGGCCAAUCGACUGGGUGUGGUGGUGCCUAAUACUUUUAGAGCCAGUCUUGGGAGUCUGCGGCCGUAAAGUGACGGGUUCUUUGCUGCCGGAAGAACUUUAACCGUCGGAACUUUUCUCUCCUCUACCAUCACACCGUCGGCAACAUCUUGUCACUGCGAGGAAAGUGGUGUUCGUCUUCACACAUUUUGCUUGCCACGUCUGGACGUCCACUUUUUCACGAUCACCCCUCCCUGACCCAUUGUCUCUCUCUCUCUGUCUCUCUGUGCCUCUUCUCCCUCUCCUCCAGAAACCCUCCCCACCUACGCUAUACCACUUCUUCCUGUCCCAGCCUUUAACAUAAUGGUGAGGACAGAAGUGCGGCGCAGCGACAGAAAGGAAGCAGCCAGCCAGCGAGCCUUGAAAACGGGGCUAACGGUGUGACUGACACACCUUCCGGUCCUCCACCUUCCUCUUUUCUCUCCCCCAUAUUUCUUUUCCUCCCUGUAUCUCACCCCCUUCCCUAAGUCGGACUUUAAGGCUGGUACACACGGGCCUUUGGACCACUGCAGUGGUCAGCUCCCAGACCGCGAGGAAGAAAACGCAGUUGUUGCCAUGACAACGAGUCGCAAGGGCCAGCCGUCUCCGGACCCCAUGGCCGCCGUCCGUUACACGCCGGCUGCUGUGGAGGACGAUGUGGACGAUGCCUGUUCCGAGCACAACCGGUUGUCCUUCCUGAGCGGGCCCCCACUGAACGGGGACAUCGUCCACAGCAGCUUCACCCCUACCACCACGCCGUCUGCCACUGCCAACAGCCCGUACCCCUACUACGACUUCCAGGACACGGACGAUAACGAGUCCGAGGGAGCCGGAUGUGAGGUGAGUGAUCCGUGCUCACCAGCCAGCCUGCAGCAUGGCGGGAGUUGCGGCGUCGGCCUCGGAGUUGGCGUCAGUGUCGGUGGAGGAGGCAACAACAGUCUGGAGAAGCGGCCGAGUCGCCACAGUUCCUCCGGAAGCCGCCACGGGCAUGCGCGGUACAGUGAGCGCAGCGACUCGCGGGACCUCAGCAAGUCACCCAUGUCCAGGGCUUCGCGGACUCGCGGCGGCAAAGGCCGCUGCAUGUGUUGCAUGAUGUGUGUGUUCCUGCUGUCCACGGCGGGGCUGGCCGCCGUCCUGGCGCUGACCUACGCAGGUGAGAUGCAGCUGACAUCCGUGUCCACCCACCACACCGCCAACAACGGCGGGGUCAAGACGGAUAGGCUGGAGGAUGAGAAGGUCAUGGUGCAGAGUUGCGAAACGCGUGAGUGCAUGGAGGCUGCUGCUGCUAUUCUCGGGAGGAUGAACUUCUCCGCCAGUCCUUGCUCGAAUUUUUACGAUUACUCCUGUGGUGGUUACAACGAAAAGACAUACCUCUCGUGGUUUAGUACCAGAGUUCGAGAAUCUCCAGAAGAAAUAAUCGAACACUACAGAAAAUAUGCCAUCGACCGCCUGUCCAGUUCCUAUGAUUCACAGGACAGUACUUAUUUGAGCAAGGCUCGGACACUUUUCCGGUCUUGCCUCUUCCGUCCGACGGUGGUGGACGAGCAAACGCGAGCCAUUGGCUGGCAAACUUUUUACUCUCCAGUGGCUGAAGUGAUUGACGCGCUCGGCGGACUCUCGGCCCCAGAGAGAGACGGAGUGAGUAAUUUUGACAUCACCCCACUAGUGGCCAACGUGACCAGACUUUAUGGGGCGAGUCCUUUUUUCAGGGUCGUCGUCCAUGGCCCCAACAAGAUUUCAAUUGUUUCCAGAUUUUCUGAGUACCGGAAUCCGUUACAGUCAUCAAACACCGUGCUGUCGAGAUCUGUAGACAGUCAACCAGGCCAGGAGACAAAAUCCAGCCGGCGCUCUCUAGAACAACUGCUGUUAUCACUGUUAGCUCGCACCAACUACACAGGCCUCUCCGUCCCGGGUGUCGUGCAAGACUUUCCUUCGUCUGGAAUCCAAUAUUAAGCGGAUACUCAAGUCCGACGAGCGCGGUGUGGAGGAGGCCGACGAGGACCUGACGUGCGAGGACGGCGACCGGCGGUCUUUCUCCGAGCUGCAGUUCCACUACGGCGGCUACGGCAUCAACUGGACGGAACUAGUGCGCC